GGAAUCUCCCUCCGCUCAUCCAAAGGGUUGGCCUGUAGAGAGUAGUCCCAUCAUAAACUUCUUUAAAAACUGUGACAAAAAAACCCUGAGACACUGAGGUUACCAGUUUCACACCUCUUGUGCCAUGAGUCAUUUGUUUGGACUGGGGUGGCUUUUUAUCCUGCUAACAAUUGCAAACAUAGAGGCUCAAAAGAAGCCUGCUAUAAAUAUCAGUUCAAAAUGUCUGGGGAAUGUCAUGCGUGUAGAUGUUGGUCCACUUGGAGGGAAUCUUCUAGAAGUUGCUGUUGUCGUUAAUAACUCUGACAUCCUUCUUACAUCAAGUUUAGCAUCUCAGUGUGGCUUCAGCAUGACGAUAGACCAGCUGGGGAACGCCAUGAUUUAUGCCUCCCUUCAAAAUUGUUUUGCUCAAAAUGUGGAAGAUAAAGCAUUCACGACAACCUUAAAUCUUCGACUGCAUGGGAACCAGAUGGGUGAAGAUGAGCUGUACCAGGUGGCUGAAACCUGCCACUACCCUGCCUGGGCCUCCAGGGAAAUCGUUUGUGACCGUAACUAUAUGGAGGUGUCUGUGAAAAGGGCAGUUCCAGAUGAUUACGUCCUGCCUGAGCAUCCCGUCUCAGGGACUAAUUCAAAGUUUGGUGAUCCUCGACGAGCUGCUGAGAAACAGCCGAUAGACGCAGGAUUCAGAAUCACAACACUUGUGUUCUUCACUCCUGAGGAGAGGAUUAUGAAGGUGACGGAGGCCCAGAGUCGAGGUUAUGGAAUAGCAAAUACUCCCUCAAGGCUGGUCCUGCGAAGUUCAAAGACUGCACCUGAAACAUACACUCAAAAUGUAGCAGGGAUACCGAUGACGGUGCUCAAAACCUCCACAAUCUUUGAAAAGAAGUGGCUUGCAACCCAAAUUGACGCAGCAGCUGCUUGCCCAAUACUGGAGGGCAGCGUUGCCUUGACUCCAAACACGAUCAGCUGGUACCUGCCCCGGCACAUUGACCCGCUGAUUUCGUCCCAACAGUUUAAACUGUUGGAGGUGCAUAUGGGCAUCAAUAGCCAGAGACUCGACACUGCUGAGAUGGCUGCCAGACGAUACGCCAUAACUGUCAAUGACGUACACAUCAUCGUUGAAAUUCCUGUUGGGGCAGUCGGUGGCUACUUUAAGAGUCACGUUCAGGACAAUCAGUACUUCACCUCUUACACGAUUGAGCCGAUGCUCGAGCUACUCUGGACUGAAGACGCCACUCACGAGGACACAAAAUACAAAGUUCUCCUUCCCAUCACGACACCAUUACUGUCUCAACCUCCACAAGUUAUUGACAACACUUUACCUGAGGAGCAGAUAUUUAAGGUGAUGAUUGGGCCUUUUGCCUCUGAUGUGGCACUAGUGAACAUCACCUUCCCCAGUGAGGUUUUGUCAGUGGGAGAUUGCAAUGUCAGAGGCUUUAAUAUCCAGGAGCACAGGUCCCCUAACAGCAGCUUUAAGGUCAUCACACUCCAAGUGCCCUUCACAGACCGUGUCGUCCUACAAAUGAGAGAAAUGGGGAUUACAGUCUACUCUCUUCACCUGACCUUUGGCUUGCUGGUCCUGCCAGAGUUUGCUCCAUUUUCUCUUACUGCUUAUCUGGAAGCUAAAUUAGCAGAUAUAGUUCCUCCUUCAGUCUCUGGUGGCUGUGAUUAUACAAAUUUCUAUGUCCUCGUGAAAUAUGGGACACAAGGCUUCGACUUCCAGACUAUAGUGGGAAAACGAAUGUUGACUUCAGGUCUGGCUCAGCAGUACGGCUUCAUGGAGAACAGGACACACUUCAGUUUUGUAGUGCCAUUUUCAGCCCCUGAUGUUAUGUUUGAGGCUGUUGAGGCAUCAUCCAUCAGAACAAGACUUGAUGUGGUUCUGAAGAAUCCAGAAACCAACAAAAAUCUCAAAGAAUUCUCUCUGGCUUGCAAUUUCCACUCAACACUGACUGAGUGUUUCCCUAAUGGAACCAUGACGGCUCUGGCUGUCAAACUGGAGUCGGUUCCCAGUCUGAAUCCCAGUCAGCUCACCCUCAGAGAUCCCACCUGUGGUCCCUCCUACAGCGACGACCGCUAUGCUUAUUUUGUCUUCUCUGGCAACUCCUGUGGGACGACCAGAAAGUUUUUGCCCAAUUUCAUGCUGUAUGAAAAUGAAAUCUCCCUGCCAGAUGAACUUGAACCGAAAAGGGUGAAGACAGACGAGGCUGAAUAUGAGUUAAAGGUUUCUUGUUACUAUGACAUCAACACAACCCAUGCUGUAGCCUUCCACACCAGACCUCGCAGGAGUGAACCAUAUGCUGAAAACGCAAAAGGCGAGCUACAAGUUGCAAUGAGACUUGCUCUGGACGACUCCUACAGCGUUUUUCACAGUGUUGAGGAAAAUCCUAUAGCAAAGUACCUUCAACAGCCGCUGUAUUUUGAGGUGGAGCUGAUGAGGUCUACAAACUCCAAAGUGUCACUGGAGCUGGAGAACUGCUGGGCAACACAGAAUGACGACAGGACGUCCCAACCCAGAUGGAAUCUCAUCAUUAAUGGCUGUGUUAACCCGGUGGACCCCUACCAAGUGGUCUUCCAUCCUGUUUGGGCAGAUGCUAGAGUACAGUAUCCCUCUCACUUCAAGCGCUUUGAGGUCCAGAUGUUUGCCUUUGCUGAAGACCAGGAUAACUUGAGUCACCAGCUCUUCGUCCACUGUGAUGUUGUGAUCUGUGAUGCCAGAAAUCCACUCAAUGGAGUUUGUAAUGGGCAGUGUUCAAACCAGGGAAACAAGUUAAAAGGUCAAAGACGUGCUGUUCCAGACAUGCAGAGUUUCAAACAUGUGUCAUCAAGACCUAUCCUUAUAAAUUAACAUAAUCCUAAUAAAGUGAUUUUUACAAGAAUCCAUUGCAU